AUGACCGAAGAAGAUCGAGCCCGAGCGCGUGCAAAAUUUUCCGCUGCUGCGUAUCCAUUUGAAGGAGCUAUCGGUGCUAUAGACUGUACCUUUAUUCAUAUUAUAGCCCCACAUGAAAAUGAAGAAGCGUUCAUUAAUCAUCAUGGUCGUCAUUCUUUGAAUGUCCAAGCGAUUGUUGAUUCGGAUAUGAAGUUGCUCAACAUUAAUGCGAGAUACCCAGGUGCACGAAACGACGCAUACAUCUGGAGCACAUCACCAAUUCGUCGAGCAAUGGAAUUCCAUUACAAUCGGGGAGAACGCAAAACUUGGCUGAUCGGCGAUGCUGGAUACCCUUUAGAACCGUGGUUCAUGACACCCUUGGCCAAUUUUCCUGAAGACACACGACAAUUCCAAUAUACGCAGCAGCUUUGUAAAGCAAGAAAUGUUGUUGAACGUUUCUUUGGUGUUUUGAAACAUGUAUGGAGAUGUUGUUCUUAUCAACGAGUGCUAAUGUAUAAACCAGCAUUUGCUGCUAAAAUAGUUAAUGCAUGUGCAGUAUUGCAUAAUAUAAGAAUUCAAUACCGUUUACAUUUUGAAGAAUUUGAAGUACCAAUAAUUGCUAAUAAUCCUCAAAAUGAAAAUGCUAUUGACAUUAAUGAAGAUGUAGCUCGAAGAAGGCCACGAGCUUUGGCUCAAAGAAUUCAACGCCAAAUAAUGAGAGAAAGAUUUCCCAAUUAUCGUGAUGCGGAAGAUGAAGAGCGUGGUGAAGAUAAUUAA